GCUCGCUUUAUCCGUGUCCAAAGGCGAGGAUGUGAUUUCUCUGUGGUGUUUGUCAUCAACCCUCCGUUCGUACGGCGAUUAUCUUCUUUCUUUAUGUCCUCAGCCGUCAGAAUGGAGCUCGGUGGAAGGUAGCUGGCUCGUAGCAGUUUCCGCUGUCAACCCUAAACGUUUGGAGGAUGAUCCACCGUCCGGUUCUUUUACACCAGGUUUUGGUCUGCUUUGGGUUGACUGGUCAUAAUGCUGAUGCAGCUCUGUAGUAUUAAGAACUUGUACCAGAAUCGCCUUUUAGGCUUGGCGGCCAUGGCAUCCCCGACCCGCAGCAACCAGAGCCGCCACCGCUGUAAGGAUCGUCAUAGCUAUGGCCCAGAUUCCUUUGCUGUCAGCGGUCUGAACCAGGAAGCGUUCAUGUUGGGGUUGUCACGGUCCACCAGUGACACUGAUCUAGUGUCCCCGGACACUCGCUCCACCCUGACUGUCAGCUCUUCUCACUACACUAUAGGCCAGUCCGAAGACCUUGUGAUCACAUGGGACAUCAAGGAGGAAGUGGAUGCUGGGGACUGGAUUGGAAUGUAUCUUGUCGAUGAGACGUUGUCUGAGAACUUUUUGGAUUAUAAAAACCGAGGCAUCAACGGCUCUCACAAGGGACAAAUCGUCUGGAAAAUUGACUGCAGCUCCCACUUCAGCGACUCUGAAACUUUGGUCUGCUUCAAGUACUACCACGGCGUGACGGGAGCACUCAGAGCAACCACGGCCAGUUUAACCAUCAAAAAGGGAGCUGUGCCUGUCUUAAAGCCAGUGGUUAGUCCUGAGGUCAACCAAGGGCUUGGCAAAAGGAGACUCAUUAACUUUUCCCUGUCAGACCUCCAAGCAGUUGGUUUGAAAAAGGGGAUGUUCUUCAAUCCAGACCCGUACCUCAAGCUUUCCAUCCAGCCUGGAAAGCAUAGCAUCUUCCCAUUGUUGCCACACCAUGGUCAGGAGAAGCGCUCUGGCGUCGUCUGCAACACAGUCAACCCAAAAUGGAACUCAGAGAGAUUUAACUUCUUGUCGCUCCCCACUGAUGUGCUUGAGAUUGAGGUGAAAGACAAGUUUGCCAAGAGUCGGCCCAUCAUCAAACGUUUCCUGGGAAAAUUGUCUGUUCCUGUCCAGAGGCUGCUGGAGAAACAUGCCCUCGGGGACCGGAUAAUAAGUUACUCACUGGGUCGCAGGCUUCCAACAGAUCAUGUGUGUGGUCACUUACAAUUCUGCUUUGAGCUCACCUCCUCAAUGCACCCAGAUGACGAAGAAGUCUCACUCGUCAUAGAAUCAGCUUCCUCCGAAAGAGGAAUCAACGCCGAUUCCAACAAUGCUGCAAAUGCGCCUGAAGAUGACACUUUAAGUGUUGGACGUGAUAUGCCUGACCUCCCUUUUGAUGCCCCUCCUGACCCUGAGACCCCGAUGCUGCCAGCCUCCCAAGCUGAAGAAGCCCAACACACUGCGACGGUAGAGCUUGAGGCAGCGCCAGACGUGGACCAAGACGCCGUGGACGAGGAGAGCACAGUGAGAGAGGAGGAGUCCCAGGUACAGAGCGAGGACUUGCAAGAAGAGAACACCAUCAUGGAGGUACAAGAGGGAGAACCAGAGGACGUCCAGAGAGAAGGAAAUAGUCCACAAGCUGAGGAAGAUGACAAGAAGGUCCAAGCAGAGGUUCCAACUAACAGUAUUUUAGCAGUAACUGCAGAGGACGACGACACAUCCCAGGAGGUGACAGCGGAAAGAACGGAGGUAUCGCCAAGAACAAGAGAGGGCGGUGAAAGUAGCACAAGCCCUUGUUCCUGCGUCUUUUCAAACUGCAACUCCCAUGGCGCCCCGCGCCGCAAAACCCGCCCUUGCUCCUUGCCCGUGUCCGAGCUGGAAAAUGUCAUCGCCUCGGCGUGCGGCGAGCCGGAAACCCCGCGAUCACACUACAUCCGCAUUCACCACCUCCUCCACAGUCUGCCCUCCGCACAACAUCGAGCGCCCAGCCAGGAAGAGGAGGAGGCGGAAGAAGGGGACAACACAAGCUCGACUCUGGACAACACCUCCAUGUCGCCGACACUCAAAAGCUGCAAACACAGAAAAGAGGAAGGCCAGGAAGAGGAUGAGAUCACCCAGUCUCCCGUUCAGGUCCCGGAGUGUCCUGGUCCGUGCUGCUGUCGUUCUCUCCCACGCAGCCUCUCCAUUGAACGUCUCUCUGAACUAAACCAGCUCCUGGAAGGUGACGGAGGAGGUGGAGUACAUUCUGCAGUAAGAAGGAUCUCUCUUUCCUACCUGGAAAGCGAGGAAGGGGAUUCCAGUAACGGAGUAGUAAAAAUAAACCGAAGGAGCAGCCAUCCGGCACGCGGCGAAAACGAGUGCGAGUUCUGCGACGCGUCCUGCUACAGCACCUCCUGCUACAGCACGUCCUGUUACAGCACAUCCUGUUACAGCAACUCGGGCUACGAGGGUCGCGGACGCCUCUGCAGCCACACCCGCCUCUCCUCUGUGGACAGCAACCGGCUCUCCGGAAGCACUGUGUUUUCCUCACAGGACGAGGAGGAAGACGAAAGCACCUUUGACUCGGGACCGGAUGCAAACCACUGUCCCGAGGGUCACCAAGUGGGUGGAGAAAGGAGUGAAAGUUGUCAAGAGGACAGGAGAGAGGAGAAUGGAGAAUCGACUGGGGCCGAAUCGCAGGAGGCUACCAGCACAGGCUCAGGCUUCUCACCUCCCGUUGGCCUUCCUCCAGUACUUCUUCCCAGCCUUGACUUAAACCAUUUUCCUGCUGCCACUGACCAAGCCUUACCUCCAAACUGGGAAGCUCGUAUAGACAGCCACGGCAGAGUGUUCUAUGUCGACCAUGUCAACCGCACCACCACCUGGCAGAGACCGAGUCAUGGUGGCAAGUGUAACCAUGGAAUCCCCCGAUCAGGAUCCAGCCAACAAAUGGAGCAACUCAAUCGGAGGUACCAGAGCAUCCAGAGGACCAUGGCCACAGAAGAGGAGGGUGGCAGUCCACUAGAGCGAGCUCCCAGUUUUGAGAAUGACUCGGAUUCUCCUCCAACAGCUACAGGCCCGGCAUCACCUGUCAGUCACCAGAAGAUCAGCCAGCUUCUCCAAUCUCCUGCUGUCAAGUUUAUUACACAUCCAGAAUUCUUCACUAUGUUGCACAGUAACUAUUCAGCUUACCGGAUGUUCACCAGCAGCACCUGUGUGAAACACAUGAUUCUCAAGGUGCGCCGGGACGCUAAGAAUUUUGAGCGCUACCAACAUAACCGGGACCUUGUGGUCUUCCUCAACAAGUUUGCAGACACGCAACUGGAGUUGCCACGAGGCUGGGAGAUCAAGACUGACCCGCAGGGCAAGUCUUUCUUCGUGGACCACAACAGUCGAGCCACAACCUUCAUCGACCCUCGAAUCCCUCUUCAAAAUGGCCGACUGCCUGGCCACCUCGCCCACAGACAACACCUGCAGAGACUACGCAGCUACAGUGCUGGGGAGGCCUCAGAUGUUUCUCGGAGUCGUGGAGCCUCUUUGAUGGGCAGACCUGCAAACAGCCUGGUCGCUGCCAUACGGAGCCAGCAUCAUGCUGACCCACAACAACCCACUACUGCUUCUUACAACGACAAGAUUGUGGCGUUCCUCCGUCAACCAAACAUAUUUGACAUGUUACAAGAGCGGCAACCCAACUUGAACAGAAACCACGCGCUCAGGGAGAAAAUCCACUAUAUCCGGUCUGAAGGUACCCAGGGCGUUGAGAAACUGUCGUGUGACGCAGACCUAGUCAUCCUGUUAAGUUUAUUUGAAGAGGAAAUCAUGUCGUAUAUUCCACCUCACCCCAUCCACGCUGGCUUUAGUUUCUCCCCACGCUGUUCCCCCGCCAACUCGCCACAGAACUCUCCUGGUUUGCAAAGAGCCCGGGCGCCGGCCCCUUAUCGCAGAGACUUUGAGGCCAAACUCAGAAACUUCUACAGAAAACUGGAAGCAAAGGGCUAUGGCCAAGGACCAGGCAAGAUUAAGCUGUUGAUCAGGCGAGAACACCUGCUGGAAGGCACCUUCAAUCAAGUGAUGGCAUAUUCUCGUAAAGAGUUACAAAGGAACAAGCUUUAUGUCACUUUCUUGGGGGAGGAAGGGCUAGAUUACAGUGGACCGUCCAGAGAGUUUUUCUUCCUUUUGUCUCAGGAAUUGUUUAAUCCAUACUAUGGACUAUUUGAGUACUCAGCAAAUGAUACCUACACUGUUCAAAUCAGCCCCAUGUCUGCAUUUGUGGAGAACCAUCUGGAAUGGUUCCGUUUCAGUGGGCGCAUCCUGGGCCUGGCUCUGAUUCAUCAAUACCUGCUGGACGCUUUCUUCACCAGACCUUUCUACAAGGCCCUACUCAGGCUACCAACAGACCUUUCUGAUCUGGAAUAUCUGGAUGAGGAGUUCCAUCAAUCUUUGCAGUGGAUGAAGGACAACGACAUCACAGACAUCCUGGACCUCACAUUCACUGUCAAUGAGGAGGUCUUUGGCCAGGUGACGGAACGGGAAUUGAAGUCCGGAGGCUCAAAUCUUCAAGUGACUGAGAAGAACAAAAAGGAUUACAUUGAACGAAUGACCAAGUGGAGGGUGGAGAGGGGAGUGGUCCAACAGACAGAAGCCUUAGUCCGAGGAUUCUAUGAAGUGGUAGACUCCAGGUUGGUGUCGGUGUUUGAUGCCCGAGAACUGGAGUUGGUCAUUGCUGGCACCGUGGAGAUUGACCUCAUUGACUGGAGGAGUAACACUGAGUACAGGGGAGGUUACCAUGACGGCCACAUCGUGAUGCGAUGGUUCUGGGCUGCCGUGGAGCGUUUCAACAACGAGCAGCGUCUCCGCCUCUUGCAGUUUGUAACCGGGACGUCCAGUGUGCCGUACGAGGGCUUCGCGGCCCUGCGUGGCUCCAACGGCCUGCGGCGCUUCUGCAUCGAGAAGUGGGGCAAAGUUACUUCUCUUCCCAGGGCUCAUACCUGUUUUAACCGUCUCGACCUGCCUCCCUAUCCGUCGUACACCAUGUUGUAUGAGAAACUGCUGACUGCUGUGGAGGAAACCAGCACAUUCGGUCUGGAGUGAGACAGCAAUCGGAGCGACGACAACAAACGUCCCACUGGAACACGUGCUGGGCUGUUAGAAACCGACACUCACAAGACGAUCACAGCCUGGAUUUUCUCAUCGCCGAGACUCGCUGAACAAAGAUGACCUCCAGUAUGUAAAAGAGUGUUUGUUAGUCUCGAGGAUUGGGGACCGGAAGCAGCACAUUUACAUCAUUACAUGCACCAGAUAUAUUUAUGAAUUAUAGGUCACUAACAGAUGGUUUUCAUUCUCAGGUAGUUUGUUGAAUUUGAAAUUGCUCGAGAAAUACACUUACAAACCGUAUGUUAUGUGCAUGAACAUACUAAAAUACUAAAUAAUACACAAAUAUGACGAGUAAGAUGCCAAAGAACCAAUCGGAUCGAAACUGCUAUUUAAUCUGGAUCGACUUUGUUGCGUUUCUCUGGAAGCCAGGACUUCACCGAUGUUGGAAAUGACUAUUUUGCAAGUUACAAUCAAACCCGGACUUUAGUAAAUAUAGUAAAUUAAUAGUACAUUUUAUCAUAUUUAUGGUCUUAUGGAUCGACUAAAAUGACAACAUAUUUUAAAAAUGAAGAAUUAAGCCAUUUUCUCGUUAUGCAACAUCAGCAAGUUUACUUCUAAAAAAAAAAAAAAAAAAAAAGUAAAACACAAACUCAACCUGAACCCAAAUACAAAAAAACUAACCACAACUUUCAUAAGAAAUAAUGCAAAUAGAAGUACCAAUCACGAUAAAAGCUUUUAUAUUUGAUAUAUUAUUCAUAAUGGUUCAAACUAUUAUUGUCACUUUUAAAUUUGCAUUGAUCACAAGUCCCGCUUGCAUAAUUUUGAUUUAACUUUUAAAAGGAUCCCAACAUUUAAACACAAAUGCAUUUUUAUUGUCACAAUGUCAUAAAGGAAGAUGUUUUUAAGUGUUUUGAAUGUCAGUCAUGUAUUUAUUAUUUAUAAAAAGUCUGUGGAGAGGCGGAGCCGGCAGUCCGACAGCGAGG